AUGAGCGAUCUUACCGUCGAAGAGAAGGUAUAUCUCAUCGAGUGCUUUUAUGGAAGAGGAAAGAUUUACGCAAAUGCAUAUCGCGGAUUCUGUAUCAAAUGUGGAUCGAAAAGAGUUGCAAGUGAGAACACAGUGAAAAGAAUUAUCGAUAAUUUUGUCACAUAUGGUGCAUUACAUGACCGAAAGCACGAUUUACCUGGACCCUCGUGUGCCGUAACGACAGAAGAAACUAUUGAAGACAUCGAGAAAUAUUUCGAAACGAAUCCCAAUUCUUCCAUUCGGAAAGCUGCUCAAGUUCUCGGGGUUAAAAAGGGAAAAUUAAUGGAAAAUCCUAUGGAGAAGCGAAUACAAUUUUGCAACACAGUGACCGAAAUGUUUGAAAACAGGGAUCUUAACGAAAAGCAAAUUAUUUUUACAGACGAUGUCAAUGGAGGUCUCAAAUGA